AGUAGUAGGCUGUGAAUUAUAUCGGUCUACUAUGUAUAAACUAUAAAAGAAAUAGUUUCACGAGUUAUUUCUAACUUUAUUUCCGGUUUACUUCCGUCUUCCGGUUUGAAACUGAAAGUAGAAAUGGCUCAAAAUGUAAAAGUGUGUGAUAUAAGUGAGGAAGUCAAAGAAAAAUUGAAGAAAUUUCGCUUCAGGAAAGACAAAAAUGUUGCAGCAUUAUUGAUGAAAGUUGAUACAGCUUCACAGACUAUUGUAAUGGAUGGGGAAGAACAUACAGACAUCAGUAUUGAAGAGUUGCAAGAAGAGUUACCUGAACAUCAACCAAGAUUUCUUGUUAUAAGUUAUGUCCGAGACCACGGGGAUGGAAGAAUAUCAUACCCAUUGAUUUUCAUUUAUAUUUGUCCAAGUGGAAUCAAAACAGAGUUAUGUAUGAUGUAUGCUGGAUCAAGAAACCUUCUACAGAAAGAACUCGGCCUAACAAAGGUGUUUGAGAUUAGAGAUUUAGAAGAUUUCACAGAAGAAUGGCUAAAUGACAAGCUCAGUUUCUUCAAAUAGUGCAAUAUUAUGUGCUUUUAUUUCCUCCUUUUACAGAGAAUACAUUGUCAUAAUUUAUUAACCUAUGUUGCAUUAGAAUAAGUGUAACAUAGCUUCCAUUAUUUGAUAAGAAAGUGUCCCUCUUUUUCUAAUAUUUUUAUACCGGUAGUUUAAAGCAUUCCUAUUUUCUUUAAAUUGAUAUCCACAAAUUUAACUUACCAGUUUUUUUAUAUAAGACAUGAUGUAUAAUUAGUUACCAAAGAUUUUGACAGGUUAUAUGGCUGGCUCAGUAUAACAAAUCUAUGAUUUAUACCUGGCCAUAAAACUUGUGAAAAGUAUAAUAAAAUUAAUAAUACUGCCUAAUUCUUUUCCUUGAUUGAGGUAGAGUUUCAAGCAUAAAUUCACAGUUGCCGUAGGUGAUAUCAAUAUCAAAACUGUCCAAUGAAAAUGAUGGUUAUAAACUUGCAGUUUUAAAAGACAAUAUAUGAUAUAAGCAUAUAGUGAAUAGUCUGUGGUUGAGUAGUUAGGGUCGUUGACCUUAAACUUCUUGCCCUUUACUGCAGUGGUCUCAAAUCUCGACAGGGACAUUGGAUUCUUUCAUGUAAGGAAGCUAGCCAGCUUGCUUAUGGAACGUUGGUGGUUCUACUCAUGUGCCCGUUUGUGCCUGAAAUAAUGCACGGAAAGGCACCUGAGGUGGUCUUCCUCCACCAGUAAAGCUUGAAAGUCACCAUAUGACUUACACCUUGUCAGUGCGACAUAAAUCCCAACAAAACAAAAAAAAUCAGCUCUUAACUCUUUCUGUAUAUCUGAAAAUUCAGACCAGACACUAAUACUGAAGGAAGCUGCAUUUGACCACCUUACCUGCUGAAUUUUUGUACUGAAUUUUUUCAACUUUGAAUUUGGAACAGACCAUUUGAAAAUUCGGGGAUUUUAAUUUCAAAAUACAAAAUCUGAGACAGCAGCGUUAAGAACGUGAUCAAACUGAAGAAAUGUGUAAGUUGUCCUGGCUUUAUGCUGGUGGCAAAGGCAUUAACUUUUGAUUCCAGCAGGUUAAAGUACGGAAAUCCUAGACCAGGCUAUGGACUGUUAGCAACUCAUUACUUUUUGUAAGCAUUUUGAUAAUGAAAUAACUAAACAUUCACUUGGAUAGUCCCAGAUGCAAUAUAGGGCAACUUUAUGAUACAAUCUUGUUAGAAGGUUAAUUAUAUGUUGUUCCUUUAUCAUGUUUUUAUUGUUUGAGAUAAAAAACACAUAGUGCCUUUUUUAAAAGUGUAUGUCCUUGGUCUAAAGGUAUGUUUUUAGUUACAUUUCAGUGCCUCGGUGGAUAAUUGUUAUCUUUGCUUAUAACAAUUAGCAGAUACAAUAUUUUUGCAUUCAGUUAUCAAUGUUUUAAUGUUCAGCUGAUUUUUGUCAUUAAAGAGUAUUGUAUAUCCUUUAUUAUUUUUUAGAUCUACUGUUUUAUAUAAAUUUAAACUUUAUAUUUAUUAUUUUGUUUGAAAAUUUCAGUUUUUGACAUAUAUAAAUGUAUUUUCCCUCUUUGAUGAAUGAAUUUCUGUUAUAAGGUAACAUAUAGCAUUUGUGAAAAGCACUCAUUGAUUAAACUAUGUUAUAUGAUAUCAUAUUUUGCAUUUAGUCAAGGAGAAUAAUUCUUUAAAGGGACUCCACUGAAAUGUUUUGACAGAUCAAGAUUGAUUUUUCCUCCAAGAUUUUUUAUACCAUUUGAUGUAGGUAUAUAUCAAUUACAUGCGUGUAAAAUUCAAGAUCAUUUGUAUACUCCCAUUUUUCAAGAGUAAUCAAUUUUAUUAUGUCAAAUGACCUACAAAUUAAAAGCACUUAUCGAUUUUUAAUAUAAUUCUUAGGAUAUUUCUCAACUAUUUUUUUCAUAUUUUCCUGUUCAAUUGCUCCAGAUGAUCUUUUUAAGAUCUUCAAAUUUUAAGUUUUUAGUCUCUUGAAUAAAUAAUGUUGGUAUCGGUCUAAAAUUGCAUUCUCCUAUUGGUUCCUUUUUAAAUCACGAUUUAAAACUGACCAAUCGCAGACUUGUAAUAUAAGACUGGUCACCAAAUGUUACUUUUUUCCCCUCAAAAAUCAAACAAUAUCCCUGCAUUCCAUUUUACACAGAAUACUUGUAUUUGUCAUAGAUCAAACACAAAAUUAUUUCAUUUUUUGUUCAUGAUUGGUAUGCAUUUACAUGAUUCCACAUUGUAUCAUUUCGAUAAUUUUUCAGAUUUCCAGGUACUUUGUUCAAGCUUUAUUGUUACUAUUACCUCUAAAAUGUCGGGACCAUGUGACAUAUAUUUGCUUCGUAAAAAAACAGUUUAGAAAAAACUUUUGCUAUUAUUUUAAGCCAUGUUUUAUUGUUCAAAUUGAUUAAUAAAUGUCUUUUAAGUAACAAA